AUGAAGGAUCUAGGAGAACUUAAGUUUUUUCUGGGAAUAGAAGUUGCAAGAUCAAAAGAUGGAAUCAUUAUGAGCCAAAGGAAGUAUGCUUUGGAGUUGAUAUCUGAAAUGGGACUUGCAGGUGCUAAACCUGCAGGAACACCUCUUGAGUCCAAUUUGAAGCUUACAUCUGUGGAGUAUGACACUGCUGUAGGAACCUCUAAGUGUGAAGAUAAGCUGAUUGAAGAUAUAGGUGCAUACCAAACACUAGUAGGGAGGCUAUUAUAUCUUACAAUGACCAGGAUUGACAUAGCAUUUGCAGUACAGACAUUAAGUCAGUAUAUGCACAAGCCAAAGCAAUCUCACUGGGAAGCUGCUCUGAGAGUUGUGAAGUAUGUUAAGACUUCUCCAGGUCUUGGCCUACUAAUGCCUUCAGAAGGCACAGACAAACUAAGAGCAUAUUGUGACUCAGACUGGGGUGGAUGCUUACAGACUAGGAAAUCAAUAACAGGGUACCUAGUUAAGUUUGGGAAUGCCUUGAUCUCGUGGAAGUCUAAGAAACAAGAUACAGUUGCAAGAAGCUCUGCUGAAGCUGAAUUCAGAAGUAUCGCAUCCACAGUUGCUGAAAUAACCUGGCUCAUAAGACUCUUCAAUGAGCUGGAGGUUGAUGUAAGUCUACCAGUUGAUCUCUUUUGUGACAGCAAAGCUGCAAUCCAAAUUGCAGCUUAUCCUAUCUUUCACGAGGGACUAAACACAUAG